AUGGAGGUGGCACCACUCAAGUGGUACAACAAUAGAAACCAUGACGACUCGGAAAAUGAGAGCUUGGUAAAUUCGUCGUUUGAUUUUGAUAUGGCAGGGGCUUCGACGCCGUUGAAAACGGGUAAGACCCCUGUUGGGCGUGGAGCAGGCGACAUAUCGGUGUUGUUUCUGUCUCCUAUGAAGAAGUUGAAUAAUUUGCAUUUGGAGUCCGAGUUGGACUUGGACGGACAGGAGAAUCACGACGAUUUUGGAAAUCAAACAAUUGUGGGAGAAUCGGAUACCGAUGAUGAAUAUGCUCCGGGGUAUAGAGAAGAUUACGAAGAUGCGAGUGGUGGGGCCACUGGUGGGACCCCAUCGGAUAGUACUGGUAGUGGGCGCCAGCCGCCCAAGUAUGUGAAUAGACGUAAAAGGCCUUUGGACUCGCCGCUGGAUAUAGAUAUGGAGACCCCUCGUCAAGCAUCUACGACGAAUACGUCUGUGCGCAGCGAUAUGUCGAUAUGUUUGAACAAUUCGACCAACAAUACGUUCAAGCUCAGCUUUUCCAAUAGCGACUCCACCCCAUGUCCGGUGCAGCCGCGUAAGAAGUCGAAGUUGAAGUUCAAAGACUCCCCAAGUCAGCAGCAAACGCCCUCACAAACCAAGCUCUCAAAGGUGAAGAAUCUCUUGAACUUUGAGAAUUCAAUAAAGACAUUGGUACCGCAGAACCCAGUAAUGAAUAAGCUAAGUGCCAUGAAAAAUCACGAUAAUGACGAUUGGACCCAUGACGAUGAGGAUGACGAAGAUGAUGAUGACGAUUAUUUGCCAAAAAAUUCGUUGAUAUCUUCACCUCAUCAAUCGUCUACACUCAACACGACUGUCAAUUCGAAUCCGCAUGUUCAAUCAACCCCCAUUUCUCAGUCAACCCCUGCCAAUUCAAGACCUCCAACCCCUAGCCAUUCCCCACAAUUACCGAUAAUGGAUGAAUUUGGAGAUUCUAUCAAUGGAUACAAGUUUGUGAAACCAUUGAGAAAACCCCAACAUGCAUAUUAUAACUACCAAACUCCAACGAAUAAGAUUCUUAGAUCCCAAGAAUUGAAAAGUUCUUAUAAUAGAAAUGAAUAUGAUACUCACUCCGCGGUUGAUUUAAAUAACGGAAAGUAUAAAAUUGUAGGCAAUUUGCCUAUGUCUUCGGCUGGACUUAUGGAUGAGGCCGAAGUCGAUAUACACGUUGGUGACAAGAGGAUCAACGACCCAUAUUUACAAAUUGUGAAUGAAAGUAAUACUAAUCAAGAACGAAUAGAUAUUAGGAACCAAUAUUUCCAAUCAUUUCACACAUCAGAUAUAUCUCAAUUAAAGUUACCAUUAUUGGCAAUGUUUAGAGGGAAUUCUAUUUCAACUGAACAAAUUGUGAAGCUUAUUAACGAUAGACAGCCAGUAUCUUCUUUCUACGAAUAUAUCGUGGAUGAUAACGAAAGCGUACUCGACCUAUUGAAAAAGGAAAGAUUAAAAUGGCAUCCCGAUAAAUGGAUUUCCAAAUUACGUCUGCAUCUUCCAAAGGAGAAUUUAGUUAUAAACAAAGAAGUCAUAGAUAGUUUAAGUCAAUCAUUGAAUUCAAUUAUUGAAAACCAUAAACAAUAA